AUGUCUGCCAAGAAACGUCAGGGUGCUGAUACAUAUGAUGACUCCCUCAGUGACUUGGACGAGUCACCUCCAGCAAAAAAAUCAACCAGCGCCAAGAAAUCCACAUCUUCAGGAGAAUCCUCAGCUAAACGUACGAAGAACGCAGAUGGAGACCAGAUGAUCGAUCUGACGGGAAAGAAGUUCGUCAGUGUGCGACAGUUCAAAGGUCGAACGUUUGUGGAUAUUCGUGAAUUCUACGAAGACAAGUCCACCGGUGAACUAAAGCCGGGUAAAAAAGGCAUUUCACUCAAUGUAGAGCAAUGGGACUACCUGAAGAGCGUUAUGAGUGAAAUCGACCGUGAUAUCGUGAACAUGCAUCGAUAAGAUUCCUCAAUACCUAUUUUUUUAAUUGUUCCACAAUUCAAAUUGUAUGCAGAGGAUGA